AACAAACUUAAAAAACAGUUCCAAAAUAACACUAAUAAAAGCCAAAGUGUUGUUUCUUUGGUCUUUUUCUCUCACAAUGAGAGAUGGCCAAGUUAAGAAAUCUUCCAAUCAUCACAUUCUUCCUUUAUACAUGUCUCUCCAUCGUUCGAUUCAACGAUGGAGCGAGCGAUCGCCAUCGUCUGCAACCGCAGACAGUGGCGAGUAGUGGUGUUGGGACAAAAAGAGAGAAGAAUUUGGUUUUGAAUGGUGAUGGAAUUUUUAAGAUUGCUAUGUUUGCAGAUCUUCAUUUUGGAGAGAACUCAUGGAGUGAUUGGGCCCCACUUCAAGAUGUGGGCUCAAUUGGAGUCAUGUCUAAUGUUAUUGAUCAUGAAAAUCCAGAUUUUGUAGUGUACUUGGGAGAUGUGAUAACAGCAAACAACAUAGGAAUACAAAAUGCAAGUUUGUAUUGGGAGCAAGCAAUUUCACCAGCAAGAGCCAAAGGAAUUCCAUGGGCUACUGUGUUUGGUAACCAUGAUGAUGCUCACUUUGAAUGGCCUAUUGAGUGGUUUUCACCCCCUGGUGUUCCCCAACUUCUAUGCCCUCUUACCAAUUCUACCACUUUAUCAUCAUGUUCAGGUAAAGAAGAGUGUAGUUUUAAGGGGACAUCUAGGUUGGAAUUGAUGAAAAAUGAGAUUGAGAAGAAUGAGUUGUUGUCACAUUCAAAAAUUGGUCCAAAAGAGCUUUGGCCAAGUGUAUCCAACUAUGUCCUCAAACUCUCAUCAUCAGAAGAUCCAAAUACAACUCUUGCAUUUUUCUAUGUCUUGGAUUCUGGGGGUGGUACCUAUCCACAAAUUAUUUCAACUGCUCAAAUAGAAUGGUUCAACUCCACCACCCAAAAUCUUAAUCCAGAUUCAAGAGUACCAGAGAUUGUUUUUUGGCAUAUACCAAGUGAAGCAUACGAGAAAGUAGCUCCAAUAGGUGUGAUACAAAAACCUUGUGUGGGUUCAAUUAAUGAAGAGAAAGUGGCUCCUCAACAAGUUGAAACUGGUAUCAUGAAACUUCUUCUUCAAAGGCCAUCUGUCAAGGCAAUAUUUUCAGGACACAACCAUGGUUUGGAUUGGUGUUGUCCCUAUAGCAAACUAUGGCUUUGUUUUGGUAGGCAUAGUGGUUAUGGUGGGUAUGGAGGUGAGUGGGAAAAAGGGUCAAGAAUACUACAAAUCACUCAACAUCCUUUCUCUAUAAAAUCUUGGAUUAGAAUGGAAGAUGGUCAUGUCCAUAGUCAACUUCUUCUCUUUAAUGUCUCUUCUACUUAGAUCAAUCUAAUGAGAUGUACAACUACAUAGUGUAUUAUUUAUCAUAAUGUGUUACACUAUGGGCUUAUUAUUUGUAAUUUAUAAUUUGUGUGUAAAGCUUAUAAAUUAGGUCAAGUAGAAGAAAAACCACGUGUAGGGGCUUAAUUGUCACAUUUCCAAAUCUAUGGACCAAUUUGCUAAACCAAGUAUAAUGCAGGGGUUCAAAUGUUAAAAACUCAAUUGUCAAGAAGGAAUAUAUUAUAUAUGUACUAUUUAUUAUUCAAAUAUUAAUAAAGAAGUCAUCGAUAUUUUCAAUA